AUGUGUUCUGUCCUGCUGCUGUCCUCCUCCACGAAUGCUCAAUCCACUCAACUUGUCAUUACGGUGAACAGAAUUGUUCUAUUCAACGGUGAUGCAGUGACAAUCACAAGUAAUGAAUUACAAUCGACACUGAAUGGAGUUCCAAGCCCACCUCGAAUUAUUUACAAUGUACUCUCCAUUUCUAAUGGCCAAUUCCAAGUAAGCAAUGGAAACAAUACGUUCACUCCUGUCACACAAUUCACACAGAAUCAAGUCAACUUGGGACUUGUUCGUUUUGUGCAUGCCAAUAACUUGCAAAUUCCAUCUUACACUCUCAAUGCUUUUGAUCCUGUAUUGGGCAUAACAAGUGCUCCCUCUCAAGCAGUUGUUACUUUCACUGCUUUCAACAGAGAUGUUAUUGGUGCUCCACGUCCAGUGUUUGAUGCAUCUGUGGAUCCAUCCACUCUCAUUGUUACGCUCAGCAUUACCAUGUUUAAAUUGGGAGGUGUCUUCAACACAAGCGAUACUGGAAGCUCUGUCAACUUUAAUAUUGGUUUGUCCUCCAAGUACACUUGUUUGAGUAAUGAUUUGAUUCGAGAUGGAUUUGCAUUGACAACCUCUACUUCGUGGUAUAACACUUAUCAAUUACGUCUUUCAUUGAAUGAUUUCAUUGCCAAUCCAAAUGUUCAAUGGGUUUCUAAUGGAGGUGUUGUUGACUUGGUUGCUGUCAUGUUUGCCGAUUACAUGAUUCAUUUGUCACAAGUACCUGGAACCACAGCAAUCAGCCAAAAGUCAUGCUAUGAAGUAAUUUUCACACAACGUUACAUCUUAACCUUAACACUUGCAGUUACAAGAAUCAACUUUGGUACACAACAACCAAAUAUUUUCAUGAAACCAAAGAGAAUCUUUGUCAAUGACUUGAAUCGAUUGGAAAUUAGAUUGGAAGUCUCAACCACAGUUUCACAGAAUAUUUCCUCAUGGUUCGUAUCUGGUCCUCAGGUCUUUACUGUGACCGAUGCGAUCUUCACUGGAGUUGUGAAUGGAACAUUUGUUUACCAAAUUGUCAUGCAAUCAAAUGUCAUUACGGGACAAACUAAUUUCUUUGGUGACUAUACUCUGUCAUUUAGAACGGUUCAACAAAACACUUUCAGCAUUCCAUACACCUUGCAAUAUCUCGUACCAUUCCCACCAAUUCAAGAAGAAUUGAUAUUCAACACAAGUGCUCAAACCUUUGGUGAUGCACGUUUCACACAACCUCAAAAUCAAUUCUCUCCAACAGACACCAUUUUCGUCCGAGUUGAAGCACCGGACAUCCCAGUGAUUCCUGGUCAAACCAUUAUUCCUUUCAAUGUCAUUAUGUGCUGCUUUGCUUCCAUUCAAACCAUUCCUGCUGUGGUGGACUGUAGAAAUUCAACUCGGUCUGAUUUCUCAAAUAACAUUUUCGUGAUGGGACAAGCAGUUAGAGCAGGAGGAAUCAAUGCUCAGGUGGACUUCUCUGCAAACACAACCUAUGGCUUUAAUUUUGGACUUCCAUUUGCCAUUCGUGACAAUGUUGAGAGAUGCUUCUUGACAAUUGAAAGCGCAUACUCCAGCAGAAAUAAUCUUAGAAAGUUGGAAGAAACUAAGGCUAGUACUGUUCAAUCGCUCACUUACAGAGUUUUGGAUAUUGUCAAGAGUGGAAAGAAGACUGGAAUUACAAAUAGUGGUAAUAGCCAUCACGAUCAGUUGUCAUUUGUUUUGGUAGCUCUCGAGUUACUUUCCUUUGCUUUGCUUUGGUUUGGUGCAAUUUUGAUUUAA